UUUUUUUUUUUUUUUUGGAGAGCUUGCAAUCAUUCUGUGCUGAGAGGAAAGCAAGAGGCAACUGAGAUGUAGUGGAAGGAGCCUCGAAUGCUAAAUUGUAGUCUUGGACUUCUUUUGAACAAAUCACUUUUCUCAGUUGAUCUGGACCUCUGUUUCUUUGUGUAGGAAAUGGGAUAAUUAUGUUUUCCUUACAAAUUUAAUGUAAAUGUUUAAAUUUCCUUACAAGUUUAAAUUAAAGACCGUGGUGGCACACGCCUUUGAUCCCAUCUGAGGCAAACAAAUCUCUGAAUUUGAGGCCAACCUGGUCUACAGAGCCAGUUCCAGGACAGCCAGAAAAAUCCUACCUCAAAAAACAAACCAACCAAACAAACAAACAAAAAAUCAAAUUUAAUGUAAGGAUUUAGUACAACAAGCUGAGAGUCUAGGAAUGGCCUUUAUGAACUACAAGAUUUACUUCACAAAUGCUUGUGCUUAUGAAAAGGAGAGGAUUCAUUUGAUGAAAUAUGAUUGUCAAAAAUCUAUUUUACUACAUUUCAUUUAUGUGCACUAUGGGGUGUGGUACAAGGAAGUUCAAGGACAACUUGCUAAGCACCAGUCCUCUCCUUCCACAAUAUGGCUUCAGGAACUCAAAUUCAGGUCCCCAGACUUGACAGCAAACACCUCUACCCAUUAAGCCAUCUUGCCUGCACUGUUUUAGUCUUUGAGACAAGGUUCCACUCUGUAGUCCAAGCUAACCUGGAACUGGCACAUAGACCAGGAUGCCUCAAAUUUGUAGCAUCAUUCUACCUACACCUUCCAAGUACUGGGAUUACAGACACGUGUAUAACAAUGAUUUUUUUUUUUUACAAAUUUAAUGUGAGGAUUUAAUAUAACAAGGCAGAGACAGACCGAUCUUUGAUUUCAAGGCCAGCCUGGUCUACAAAGCAAGUUCCAGGACUACACAGGGCUACACAGAGAAACCUUAUCUUGAAAAACCAAAACCAACCUAAGAAACAAAGAAACAAACACCCAAGAGUUAGAGAAGAAAGAUGUGAGUAUGGUGGGUCUCACCUGUAAUUUUAGCACUCUAGGGGUAGAGGCAAGAGUAUGGGAUUUGAGGCAAGCCUCAGCUAUGUAGUGCAUUGGAAGCCAGCCGGGGCUGUAGGAUGUUGUCUCAGAACAAAGAUUUGGAGACACAAAUGCUCAACCUCACUGUUAAAUUUGAGUGCAAAUUUCUAGGAGGACAAUUUUGAGAUCUACAGAUUCUCUAGCUCAGUAAUGCUACUAAGAGGCAUUUAUUAUGCACAUAUACAAAAAGUGUAAGAAUGUUACUGAGCCACUGGGAUAUUAGAAACAGAAAUCUGGAAAUCACAUGGCCAUAUAAAUUAUGGGAUGUCCAUAGAACACUGCACUCUAGGUACCAACUUGUGUAUUAGUCAGAGUUCUCCAGAGUCCCAGUCCCCUGGGAUUAAAGGGGUGUACUACCUUGCCUGGGCCUCAGCUUUUCAUGGCCAUUAUGCCUCAAGAUCUUCAUGUCAAGAUACAGGUCAGAAGCCUGUGUCUUCCAACCUCAAGAUCUGGAUCGCAAAUAUGUCCUCCCAUUUCUGCAAUGUGGUUCAUUCCAGAUGUAGUCAAGUUGACAACCAGGAACAGCCAUCACAGCAGAGGUGGGCCCUAUUUUGAAAAAUGAGUCCAAGAAAGAGUCAGGAUUAGAGCCCAGAGCCUGGGAGGGCUGUUACUGCCCAAAUGGAAGUGGAAAAUCAGGAGAGGCCUGUCUCACGGGAAGGGAGGAGAGGCCAGUUUUAAGCUUGUUUACUCUCAGGUACCAACGAGAUGUUUAAAUGGAAUCAUCUAAGUAGGCUUACGAAAGAAGCUGGAAGACUAGAUUAAGUCUUAAGUGGUAUUGAUUUGGGAAUUGCUUUCUGUAGAGUGAGACUACAGGGGCAAGAGAGGAAGGAGUGAAAGAGAGGUGGGAAGAACAGUUACAUGUAAGGAAGGAGAGGAACUGUGCCCUCAAGGAGUUUGUGGGUAGGCUACUAAAAGCAGCUAGUAGAAUUUUUGGAGACCCUCAAGCAGGGGCUCCUUUUGUUACACAAUUGUCUUAUGAGAACACUAACGCAGCUUGGCCACCCGGCCAUAGAAAGCAAAGACAGUAGAAUUGCUCCCCUGGAAUCUGUCCUCACUGCAGGAGGUGUAAUCUUUGGGCCAGGACUCAGGCAGUAUGCUCAGAGUAAGAAAUAUUUAUAUUUGAGUUAAGUUAUAUUUGCAAAGCUCAGACCAGCCUCAGUGAAGCCUGUGUGGUGUUUCUUUUGUCUUGCAAACACUGCCUAUGGAAGUUUUGGGGGUCUAAGCCUCACCUCCAGGGAAUUAUUUUUAAGCCAAAAUAGCAUUAUUGCAGAUCUAUCCAGGUGUCAUUCAAAAUAAAGUUUAAACUCAAGAUUUAUGAAAGGUCAGUGAGGCUGUUGAACUUGUAGCAGCAUUACAAUCUGAUCUGCCUACUCUACUUAGAAUUAUUAUCGAUUUGGAAGGUUGUUUUUUCCUUUGCAUCCUGAUAAUUGUAAAGGGUUUGCUUCUAGUGAGUUUGUAAUCAUUGAAAGGUUUUACCUCGUCUUCAGUUUGCUAUGUCCACCAACAAUAUGUCCGACCCACGAAGUCCCAACAAAGUGCUGAGGUAUCAGCCACCUUCGAGUGAGUGCAACCGGGCUUUGGAUGACCCGAUUCUGGACUACAUGAAUCUUCUCAGCAUGAUUUUCAGCAUGUGCGGCCUCACGCUUAAGCUGAAGUGGUGUGCUUGGGUUGCUGUCUACUGCAGCUUUGCCAACUCUCGGAGCUCGGAGGACACUAAGCAGAUGAUGAGUAGCUUCAUGCUCUCAAUCUCUGCUGUGGUGAUGUCCUAUCUGCAGAAUCCUCAGCCCAUGACGCCUCCCUGGUGAUGCCACCUAGGAGGGUUGGAUCCUGGACUCCAGCCCACCUUCUCUCUGGCCUAGUCUUUGGCUGCCUCCGCCCUCCCUCAGCUGCUAUCCUAAACUUUCCUAAGUGUGGUCUCUGGGCUCCCAGCUGAAUGGAAGGAAGUUGGCCCUUUCUUUGGGACCCUGCUUCUGCUUUGACAGAGAUAAACCUGCAGACUUCCCUUUUACCUUCUCUCCCCCAGCCACUGUUAUGAGAAACACUGUUCAUGUUUCUAUAUAGUCACUUGUUUUCUUAUUGAAACCAGUUGAUAUAAAACUUUCCACUCUGAAAAAAAGAAAGGAAGAAAGAAAGAAAGAGAGAGAGAGAGAGAGAGAGAGAGAGAGAGAGAGAGAGAGAGGAAGGAAGAAAGAAAAAAAGAAAAGGAAGGAAGGAAGGAAGGAAGGAAGGAAGGAAGGAAAAAAGAUUUUACCUCUAGGAAUAACUAAUAGUCUUACAUUAUGUAUAAACAAACAAACAAACAAACAAAUAAAAUUGUCUCUGCUUCAAUACAAGAAGCUAGGACUUUGAAUCGUAUAUUAUUUAUUAUAUGGAGAAUAUUUUAUUAGCUAAUCCCUCUGAAGAAAAAUUUACUACAAACCUUUGCUUUUAUACAAACAAGCUUUAAAGUUUGGGGGAGUAGUUGUAGCUCCAGAAAGAUUCAGAGGCAAUAUCUUUUUCAAUAUUUGGGGCCUCAGUUAUAUCCUAGAAAAGUUGUGGCACAGAAAAUUCAAGAAAGAAAAGAUGAUUUGUUUACUUCAAAUUAUUUUCAAAAGCUUCCAGAAGAUAGUAAUUGGCUAAGACCUCACCUUAAGCUCAACACAGGAGGACUUAAACCUUUGUUGGAUGUUGUCAAGGGGGAUGCAAACUAACAGAUGAGAGACAUAUAGCUUGUGUAAUCAAUUGUUAGCUGUUUAUUUUAGUUAUUGCUACUCAAUGUGCUCACAGCAAUUCUUUGGCAAAAGAGAUUAAUGUGGACUCAUCUUUCCUCAUCCCCAAGUAAAGUUUUAACAUCCUGUUAUAAA